UCGAUAUUCGGUAGUUGAGGACUUAAUGCUUAAAUCACUUAUGUAUGUCUGUAAAGUUAGUAUUGACUCGUCCAGCAUUGGUCGUCAGUAUCUUGGUCAUCAUUCACGCAAAAAAAUGUAUUCAUGCUGUUAAAUUCUAAUUAAUUGGUCUCAGCAAUUAUUAAUAAUGUCAAUCAAUGCUUAAUUUACAGACGUUGCUUAUGUCGCAAAUAUAAUUUAAGCAGAUGAGUUCUCUAAUACAUAUUCUUAAUUGAAGAAAAAGUUGAUGUCAUUUGUAAGCAAACACAUAAUUUUUCUGUACAAAAUAGAAAAAAAUUUACUGUUUGUUGUGCAUUACUACGAUAUUAUACGUUGAGAACGAAUCUAAAUGAGAUGUUAGACAAUAACUUGAUUAUAUGGUCUAAAAUGGAAGUCAAUUAUUAAAGAAAAAAAAAAAUAAAAAGUAAACAUAUUCAAAGAAGUGUGAGAUAGCAAAGACGCAUGACGACAAGAGAAUAGCUAAAGAGGGGAUAAAAAGCCGAGGGAGGUGCGCAUAGUUCAAGCAAGCUGAAAAGCUGGUCAGCUAUCAAACAACUACAACACUUGAGUUUUUUUCAUAUCUAAAAGUAAAUUAUUAAAUUGUUCAUAAUUUUUGAUAUUUUAGAAUAAUAGAAUGAACAGAUGUAAAAACUAAUGAUCAUGUAUGAAUAUAAAUCAGUAAACUAAAAAAUUAUUACUUGAGAAAAUUUAUCAGAUAGUUUAAGUGAAAUCUGAGACAUUUAGCAGGAUACAGAAAAUCUUAUGAAAAAAUCACAUAGAGAAGUGUACAUACUGGUGUUGUUAGUGAUAUAUAAUCUAAAUGAGAAAUCUCAAAAUAUUCUAAAACAUACAUUUUAGUACACUGCAAAUUGGUUAACAUCUUUUCAUUUCUUCUGCUCUACGGUCUUAUUUCAAGCUAUAGGUAGCGUUAAAGACAAAUAACUUAAUAGCGAAAUUCAAGCUAUGAGUGACUUAAAAUCAGUUGGAAAUUGUUUGCGAAGUGUAGAAGAAAGGUUCGAUUGUGCAAAAUCAAGAAAAAGUACAUUGAGUUUUUGGUGAAAGAAAUGAACUUACAGGAUAAAUCAUGACUUGAAAUUAUAUUUUCAAUGAUAAAAGAACUAUUGUAUAUGUUUUGUUAAAAAUGGAGAAAAAACUAACUUUGUGAUUUUGAUGUGACAACAAAAAUAUAGUUCCGUGUUGAAACCACAAAAAAAAGUUCAAUUUUUUUUUAUUAAUUUUGGAAUAGCGCAGUGUAAUCUUGAAUAUUCUUUUAUCAAAACCAAUCUAACGUGAAACGAUGACUACAAAAUAUUAUUUCCCACAUUUUCGUCUCAGACUAUUAAUUCCAGAAUGCUUAUCUAGUUGACUAAAGAGAAAAAAAAAAAAAAAAUUGAAAAAAAUUUCAAUACCAGCAAUAUUCUUUGUUUACAAAUCGAUAAAAAAUGAUGAAUUUACUAGCUACAUGUAUUUGCUAAGAAAAAUUUUGUCUAUUCUAAUCAAUUGGCGAAUAAAACUCUCAAAAACAUGAUUUUCGGGAGGGGGAGAUACCCCCUCUCGUAACUGCUGCGAGGCGCCAAGAUUUCCCGCAUCGAGUUCAUUGAAAAAUGGGGGCUAACCCCUGUCCUCAGACCGAGGCAGGACCCAUGCCCCCACCGGAAUGGUGCGGAGGAACAGGGCGAUGUGAGGUUAGCGGAUUACGAUUUGAGACACAACUGCGCACACUGAACCAGUUUCCGGAUACAUUACUAGGUGACCCUUCAAGGCGCAUUCGGUACUUCGAUCCAUUACGCAACGAAUAUUUUUUCGAUCGAAACCGACCUUCGUUCGAUGCAAUUCUUUAUUAUUAUCAAAGCGGAGGACGACUUCGACGGCCAGUGAAUGUACCGCUCGACGUCUUUUCCGAAGAAAUCAAAUUUUAUGAAUUAGGAGAAUCUGCUACAAAUAAAUUCAGAGAGGAUGAAGGAUUCAUUAAAGAAGAGGAGAAACCUUUACCAUCGCAUGAACUGCAAAGAAAAGUUUGGCUAUUAUUUGAAUAUCCAGAAAGUUCUCAAGGCGCGCGGGUUGUUGCUAUAAUCUCAGUGUUUGUUAUUUUGUUAUCAAUUGUCAUUUUUUGUUUGGAAACACUUCCCGAGUUUAAGCAUUAUAAAGUGUUCAAUACGACGACCAAUGGCACCAAAAUAGAAGAGGAUGAAGUUCCGGACAUUACUGAUCCGUUUUUUUUGAUAGAAACUAUAUGUAUUAUUUGGUUUACAUUCGAGUUAUCAGUGCGCUUCCUUGCCUGCCCGAAUAAAUUGAAUUUCUUUCGUGAUUUGAUGAACUUCAUAGACAUAAUCGCUAUAAUUCCAUACUUUAUAACGCUAGGUACUGUAAUCGCUGGAAAGGAGCAUGAAUUUGAUCUCCCAAAAGCACCAGUUAGUCCCCAAGAUAAAAGUACAAAUCAAGCUAUGUCACUAGCGAUUUUAAGAGUGAUUAGACUAGUCAGAGUAUUUCGAAUAUUUAAGCUAUCGAGACAUAGCAAGGGUCUCCAAAUACUUGGAAGAACUUUGAAAGCUUCAAUGCGAGAACUUGGACUGCUCAUAUUUUUUCUUUUUAUAGGUGUAGUCCUUUUCUCAUCAGCAGUUUACUUCGCUGAAGCAGGUUCCGAAAAUUCAUUCUUCAAAUCCAUUCCAGAUGCUUUCUGGUGGGCCGUCGUCACGAUGACUACUGUGGGCUACGGUGAUAUGACACCUGUUGGUGUGUGGGGAAAAAUCGUUGGAUCACUAUGUGCCAUUGCUGGAGUUUUGACAAUAGCUCUGCCGGUUCCAGUCAUUGUCUCGAAUUUCAAUUACUUUUAUCAUCGAGAGACUGAUCAAGAGGAGAUGCAAUCGCAAAACUUCAACCAUGUUACCAGCUGUCCAUAUCUUCCUGGCACUUUAGGCCAGCAUAUAAAGAAGAGUUCCAUGUCAGAAUCUUCAUCAGAUAUGGUGGACCUUGAUGAACCAUUCUUAAUAGCUCAUUCAGAAGUUACGAUGAAAACCAAUUGCAAUUCAAGCCUCAAUAAUCCUAACUCGAUUUGUACGGGAAUAGAAACCGAUGUCUGACUAAAAGUUUGGAAGUCGUCUGUACGUGACCCAUUGUAUCAUGCAGAAGAUGAAGGGUUCUUCUCACGCAGAAUUAGUCUACUAGAAAAGUUAAUGCAACGUCCUGCCACUAUUAAUACCAUGUUUGGAGACCACAGAUAAUUUCAUUGGACUCAAUUUCUUGAUUAAACACGAAUAGGCUCGACAUUAAACUAAUAAGUGAUCAAUAUAUCUUUCAAAAACACUUAAAAUUUUUAUCUAAAUGUAUUGUUAAGUGGCAAAAAGUUUUAUUUCGUUAAUUAUGACGCGUGACACCACCUUAUUCAGUGUUCAAAAAGAAAUGAUUUCUUUGUACAUUCGAUAUUGAACUAUUAAGAUAAAAGACGAAAGUGACAGUCAAAAAAAUUGUUUUUGUUCCGUGUCACGAAUGCAGAAAAUAAAUGAAUCUUCUACAGGUGAAUGUUGCGACUUUCUUGUAUAAAUGAAUUAUAGAUAAAUUUUUAUUUUAGAGACGAAGUAGCUAACCCCGUACAAUUUUGUAUCCAUUAGUUUUUUUCUGAGCAUUGAACAUUUGAUUUUAAUUCGCAGGUAUAUUUUUAUUAAUUUCGAUAUAUUUAAGCUUUAUUUUACCCAGAAUCUAGAAACUAAGAAGAUUGUAUAUAGCUAGUUCAGAGACUAGUUUUCUAAUGGUGAUUUAGAAUAAACAAGUUCAAUACAAGUUGUGCACAACAGAGAGUGAUCUCUAUCAAAUAGUGCCGUUAAACUACCGAAGUUUGCAUGAUGCUUCUAUCAAAUAACAUGGUAUUUAAAUUGUUGGAUAUGGUAUGAUCAGUUGAAGUCUGGAAAAAAAAAUAUCUUUUUUACUCAACCAUUUUUAAGAUAAAUUGAAAAGAAUUAUGUACUACAUCGUGCUAAGCAUUGAUGAUAAUAAGGUUAAAACAUAAGAUAAUUUCGAGUAAUCCUCUAAAAAUAUUAAAUCAACGUUUAAAUCGAAAAUUAAUACUAUAUCUUGAAAUGCAAACAAACUUAGUCAUUUUCAAAAUACGAUUUCUUCCAUUUUUUUUCUUACAUACAUCAAAGAUAGAAGAAAUUGAAUUUCACUUCAUAUACUCAAUGUGUAAAAAAAGUCAAUGUACGUGAAUUAAGUUUCUAAUUUUUUAUCAAAAUAAUUAAUAAACAAAGUUUGCAUGCCCACUACGAGCAACUUUGUAACAAUUAAUAUUUGUUAUACUGUUAUUAUGAGAAAUUUCAUGUCUGCAUGAUAAAGAAAUGAAAAUUUUCCCCAAUUGAUUCAUAAAUUUAUUUUAUGUAUCAAUCUUUUUGUAGAAUAAUUAACCUACAACCGAAUUUUCCAAAUAUUUAGUGAGUCCCAUUUAUAUUCUACUGUCUGAAUGAAAAUGUACAAUAUAAAUAAAUUAGAUUAUUGAAAAUCUUCGCAAUAUUAGAUUGACAUCAUCAAUCAUUCUAAGAAACGUAAUACUAAAUAUAAUACAAGAGACAAUUUUCAUCAAUUUAUGUAAAUUUCCAAUGCAAUGCCUUGUUAAAACCAUUAAAUAUCUGAUGAUCUAUAGAAAUGGUAUAAGUUAACGGUAAGAAAAUUGGUUGAAGAAACUCACAUUUUAUAUAUCUAAGAUUACAGCAAAAGACUUUAAAUACUCGUAUUUAUGUAAAAUGAACAAAAUAAUACUCAUCGAACGUUGCAGUUAACUUAACAAUAUAUUUCCAAAUGAAUAUAUAUAAUAUUAAUGUAAAUAUAUUUAUUAAUUUGUAAGAUAAGUAUUUUGGUAUAAGAUCGUAUCUCAAGAAUGGAGACUGGUCAAUGGAAAUAGAAAUAAAAAAAGCUUAUAUUCACCCCUACCAUAAAAAUUUGAUCGGAAGCCCCUUUUAUUUCAGUUCCAUUUUUUUAGCCAUUUUAGGCUUCAGCAUAACUUAAUUUUAUUCUAUAAAUAAAUAAAAUAGUCGUUAAGUUAAGCUAGUUGAAUGAUUCACUUGGAUCGGCGUUAUACCAUCGAGGUAUGAACAUGUUCGUCAUUGAAUCUCAUUCUAAUAAAGUAUCAAGUGAAACUGUCUAUCUCAUUUUACACUCAAUAAUCGUAAAUUCUUAAGAUUUAUAUUGUUGUUAAGAAUCUUAUGAUUUUUUCAUCUUUUGAAUCAUGAUCUAAAUUAUUAAAUACGGGGAAUCAUAUCAUCAAAACAACCAUCUACUAUAAAAUUUAAUUUUUCGGCAUCUUAACAUGCAAAAAUGAGCUUAUGAAAAGCGAGCUUCUAAAAUUGGCACAAUCUUCGAUUUCUAAGUUUUCGAAAUCGUCAUUUACUACUUUGAAAUUGCACCUCUGUAAAAACGUUAUUCCUAUUUCAUGCUUUCAACUCAGUUAUGAUUUUGUUGGUUCCAGAUAAUGAGAUUUACACAAUAAUUAAUUUUGUUCUAAAAACGGGCUUAAAUUGUACGUAGGAUGGAUGAGUGGGUUGAAGAUCGAAUUUCUUAGAGAAACGAAAUUGUCGUUAAAAUUUUCAUUCAGUUAUUACUUUAAGCUUAAGAAUAGUCACGAUUUACGAAGUUUUUAAAUCAUAAUUGUAUAAAUACCACUAACACUGCCGAAACAUUAACAUGAAUGCGUCAUUCGUGAAAUAAUAGUUAUUAUGUGCUCGUAACAGUUUUUAUUGGAAAAGCGAAAAUUGUAUCAUAAAAAUUAAUUUGCGAUUAAGAAUAUAAGCUCAAAAACACAUUUCCACAAUAUUGAAAAAAAUAAUUGAGGAUUAGAAUAAAAGAAUCUCGAAAUAUAUCGUUGAUCAGCUGGCACUGGCAGUUUCGCUCAAAAUGUGAUAGUGUUGUAAUGUAAGGUUCAGGAGGUAAUUUAUGAAUAUGUUAAUAGAAUUAAUAGUUGGUCAGUCAUCAAAUUGUAUUAUAGUAAUGUCGAUAUGAGUAAAUGCGAAUAUUUAUCCAGGAGAGAAGUUCAAUUAACUUGUAUGACCAAAAUACGGUUUAUAUAAAAAUUGAAAUAAAGAUUUUCUAACAAAACAAUA